AUGUCUGAUCAAAUAGCAAAAGGUCAGGAAUUUGAGAAGAAAGCUGACAAGAAGCUCAAUGGCUGGGGCUUCUUUGGGUCCAAGUUUGAAGAUGCUGGUGAUUUAUACGAAAAAGCUGCCAAUUCUUACAAGCUUGCCAAAUCAUGGGACCAAGCUGGAUCUGUAUAUGUCAAGCUGGCUGAGUGUCAUCUGAAAAUGGAUAGCAAACAUGAAGCUGCUAGUGCUUAUGCUGAUGCAGCUCACUCAUACAAGAAAACAAGCACCAAGGAGUGCAUAGCUAACCUAGAGCAAGCAUUAAACAUUUUCAUGGAAAUUGGAAGACUCAGCAUGGCUGCCAGAUAUUGCAAGGAAAUUGCCGAGUUAUAUGAACAGGAGCAAAAUUUGGAGAAAGCUAUUGCUUACUAUGAUAAAGCAUCUGAUCUUUUCCAAGGUGAAGAAGUAACAACUUCUGCAAACCAAUGCAAGCAGAAAAUCGCACAAUUUUCUGCUCAAUUGGAACAAUAUCAGAAAGCUAUAGAGAUAUAUGAAGAGAUAGCAAAACAGUCUCUGAAUAAUAACUUGCUAAAAUAUGGAGUGAGAGGGCAUUUAUUAAAUGCUGGGAUUUGCCAACUCUGUAAAGAUGAUGUUGUUGCAAUCACAAAUGCUUUGGAUCGUUAUCAGGAACUUGAUCCCACAUUUUCAGGAACACGUGAAUGCAAAUUGCUUGCAGAUUUAGCUGCAGCUGUGGAUGAAGAAGAUGUUGAAAAGUUCACUGAUGCUGUGAAGGAAUUUGACAGCAUGACUAAGCUGGAUGAGUGGAAGACAACACUUUUGUUGAGAGUGAAAUUGUUGUUGAAGGCAAAAGAGGAGGAGGAUGAUGAUGAUCUUACUUGAGAGUUCAGAAUUUGAUUUGUUCUUUUUGUGGUGAUGUUUUUCACUUUUUCUUUCUCAUGGUGGUUUUUAAUUGUGCGUGUUAUUAUUCUCUAUAAAGUGUAUGUAAUUGUAACUCCAUUUGAGGGACUAUAUCUGCAUUGUGGUAUGCUUUUCUAACAAUCAUCUACAACCGAACGUUUAGAUAUAUUUUUGUGAUUUCAUGAG